AUGUUCUCGCCAGCUUCGCUCUUUUUUAUGCUUGUUGUCGGUGGCGCAGCAGUCCAUGCGUCUCCGGCGACCAGUUGCCCUUCGGAGCGGCCGAACCAUCUCUGCUGCCGCUCGCUUGGACCGUUCAGCGACAAUGAAUAUGUUUGGGAAAAUAUUUGUGGCAUCACGGGCGUCGACGCGAACGUAUCCACUGCAGCCGGAUGUAGUCCCACCGCAUCUUGUCUCUCAGGCGUCAUCGCGGCCUGUUGUCAGACAGUCGUCGGCUGUGCUGAGGGCGGAGGGGUUGAUGGUCCUAUCGGUCUUGACUGUGUGGAGGUAGAGAACUGA